AGGACAGAACAGGAGCGCCGCAGUUGAAGCUGAAACGUUUGAGAGGACUCAGUCAUAAUGCUGAUGACGGGAGUUUUCCUUCUGCUGGGUUUUGUCUGGGUGAUUCCCGUCGCCAGCAAAAAUCGCAUCAUCUCGGUGCAGCAGCUCAGUCCGAGGGGCAAAACGCUGCAACUGGCCCUGGAUUCCUCCGUGAAAUCGUACCUCUCCCACAGCUCUGCGUCAAACAUCGCCAACUUGUCUUUGUCGCCGUGGACGUACAUAGAUUCUUUCAACUCUUCCCGUUUACCCCAAAGGAUCUUGCAGGCCAACUGCAGCACAUCUAGCUGUCUGAACCUCCAGGGUAGAGGAGACGAUGCAACUCUGCAGGUCAAGCCCAUCAAAUAUCAAGUCCUGGUUCUAUACAGAGCCCUAAAGAAAAGAAAGAUCAACAAAAAAGGGAAGAAGAAGAAUAAGUACAUCUUCAUGCUGGGGACUGAGGAGAUUACGGUUGGCUGUACCUGUGUGAGACCCACUGUGAUACCACAAGAGUAACAACAAGACAUCCAACAAAAGCUCUGGUUACUUAUAUUAUUCAUGUCAAUUUUAAAAAUUGUACAGUUGACAAUAGAUAUUUUUAUAUGCUGCAUGAAAAAAGGCUAUUUAGUCAACUAUAUUUUAUAGUUAGUUUGAACUACAUUGAUUUUUUUUUCUAUUUGCUGAAUCUCACAAGAACAUGACAUAAUUUUUGGAUUCACACACUUUAUGUGCAAAUAUAAUUAUUUGAACAGAAAUAGUACUGAAGGAUGAACCGGACUGAUGGAUUUUCACGGCUGUUUUUUGAGAUGUAUUGAUCAAUUUCUUUAAACAUGUCCAUGAUGUCACACAGUCCAGGGGUGUGUUGAACAUGCCUCAAAAUGCAUAAGUUUUAAGUAAACCUUUUGAAGGCUUUGUAAAAUUAAUUAAAGACAUUGUAGUCUUAAUGACUAAAUCAAAGACUACAUAAAAAGUAAAACAAAAAUAUCUCCAAAAAAGUGAAUUUUCAUUCUUCUAGCAUGCUCCUAGAAGCUUUCAUUUUUAACUUGUCCAAUUACAAGUCAAUUUAUUUAAGAUUUAAUAUCAAACAGGAAUAAAAAUGCAUGUAAAUAUCUGGUUUCAACGGCAUAGUUGACUGUAGAUAUAAAAAGUAUUUUUAAUAACUGUGACUUGUUACUUGUCUACAUAACCAGUGUCCUGAAUAUCUUGUCAGGUAGUCUGUACUGCAUAACACUUUAGGCUGAGAGAACUGAUUCAUUUAUUUAUUGUAUUGUAAGCAAAUCACCUUUAUCCAAUAAAUUUGUCAGUGUAUUUUUGGUGCCUAAAAGCAGCUGUGUUUUUAAAACCUAACUGCCAGCUGUUUUCACUGUGUUGCUUUUCCUGCUAUGUAUGUCGAUUCAUCUAUAAUUUUGUCAACAUUAAGAAAUGAAGCAAAAAAUUGCAGAAAUUCUUUCUCAUCUGUGCCACUUAUGAUGCUCUCCUGUUUUCACUGGAACAAAGAGUUUAAAAUUUACAGGGUACUACUCUGUCAGGACAGAUAUAAUGUUUCUUUUGCCAUGACAUUGCUGUCAAUAUAUAUAUAUAUAUAUUUUUGUCUUUUUCAAUUUUAAUAAACACCUGAUCUGAAUUUCACACUUUAUGCACAGCCUGAGUGCCCCCAAAUAGUCAAAACUAUUAGCUGAAUUAUUUUAGCUCGUAACCUAAUAACAACUCUCUGCUGUUGGAGACAGUUAAAACAUCUGGCAUGCUGAUGUGAGGAAAUCCUCUUUAGUGCAGACAAAGCCUCUGCACAGUGUUGCAAGAGAUUUGAUCAAUUUUUAAUGACUUGAGAAUAACAAAAAUAAAAUGUUUUAAACUCUUUUGUACUGCCAAAUAUCUGUGUCUGAAGUAUGUGAUGCUCGUUCCGCAAGUUUUGUGUCGAAAGACUCUUUGGCGGCUUUGCUUUGCAGGAGAUUAAUUAUGUAUUCCGCAGUAUUAACUCUGUAGAAGGGAAAUGCUGUAUGUUUACAGCCAUGCAUUUUUGUACAUCACUGAGAAGCAAAUUGUAAACAAAAUGAGUUUUAAGUGAUUAAAUCUAUUCAAAUAGGGUUUCAUAAAGAAGUUUCAUACAUCAGGUGUGGAAAUGAUAGUAGAUUACAUAGAUGUCCUCCUCACAACAAAUGUGGUCGCAGUGAAAAAGAUCUGCUUUUUGAAGAUUCUACGUUUUUAUCAUCUUUAUUUCCUUUAUUACUUUAUUUUUCUCUGACUGGAUAAGUUGAAAUGUUUUCAAGUUCACAUUUCCCAAGCACAGUUGUUAUGAAUGUGGAAUGUUGUGAAACAUGAUACAACAUUUUUAGGGAAUUUUUUAUUUAUUUUUUUGCCAUUUUUUUUUUGUUUAGUUGAUGUUUUUACCUUUGGCUAAUACCCUACAAGUCAACUUGUACAAAACAUGACUAAUUAUUUUCAGCCAAAGCCAGAUAUUAGAGCCACUAUGUCAUUAUGGCAAUAUUUUAUGUUUAGAUUCAGUGUGCCACAAAUUCACUGCAAAACAUACAUGUAUAUAUAAAAUAAUGCAUUUUAUGUUACCUGAUAGUGCGCAAUGUACAAUCAAUAAAAAAAAAUAAAGCAAGUAAUUGCCUUUUACCUUAUGCUUAAUAGCAGGAAUGUGUUCUGUAUUGCACUCUGUUGGGAUGGUAUAACAUUGUGCUCUUCUGACAAAUUGUAGUAUAAAUAUGGUUAUUUUAUGAA